AUGAACAUCAAGAAGGCCUUAAAGUCACUUUUAAUAUAUGAAACGCCAAAACUGGUGGAAAUAAAAAAUUGGAAGAUAGGGCUGACCGAACGCUUCUUGCAACUCAUUAUUUUGAUCUAUGUCUUCUGGGUAUUAAUAUACGAAAAGGGAUACCAAGUGAGCGAUACCGCCGUGAGCCUUGUCACUACAAAAGUUAAAGGAAUAAUGAUUAAAAAUUACCCUUCGGCGGAGAAUGCUCUGCCUCAGGUUGCUGACGCCGCUGAUUUAGUCUAUCCAGCACUGGAAAAUAAUGCAUUUUUUAUAAUGACGAACCACAUAAGCACUUUAAAUCAGACAGCAACAGCAUGUCACGAAGUUGAAGAAGGACAUGGAUCCGCUUGCAACUCUGACAGUGACUGUAUCCGUUUUGCACCAUCCCCGUCAAAAAUCGGUGUGUACACUGGAAAAUGCUUGAAACUACCUUCAGGAUCUGGCGUGUGCGAAAUAUAUGCUUGGUGUCCAUUAGAAAAUGAUACGCAUGUGUUUGCAAACGCACAGCGCACUUUGGAGUUUAUCAGGAAUUAUACCAUUUACAUAAAAAAUGACAUCGAAUUUCCAAGAUUUCAAGUAAAUCGGUAA